AUGAGAGCUAGCCGAGCACACCUGAGCUGGGAACUGGAAACUGACCGAGUUCGACAAAAGCUGUUGAGCCUCAUAGGGCGAAUUGGCAGAGAAUCGCGAAAUGAGACCACCACAGCAAAGGUUCUCGAAGUGCUUUGGGAUCUUGCCCAUCAACCCUUGUUACCAUGUACUUUAAUCCAACAAGCCUUAGAAGAGCACCUUACAAUCCUUAGCGAUGCUUAUGCAGUGAAAGAGACCGUCAAGAGGAGUUACAUUAUAAAGUGCAUAGAUGAUAUUAAAAAGUCAUCGCAACACAGCAAUGCUCAGGUUGUGUGGGUUGUUCCAGCUCUGCGACAACUGCAUGAAAUUACACGGUCCUUCAGUAAGCAGACCUACCAAAAGCAGGACAAGAGCAUCAUUCAAGACCUGAAGAAGAAUUUUGAAAUAGUAAAGUUAGUGACAGCAAGUUUAGUGGCCUGCCAUCGUUUGGCAGUGACUGCGAUUGGUCCUGGCGGGCACCUUGGAUCCACUUUGGUUGACGGCAGAUACACUUACCGGGAGUAUUUAGAGGCCCAUCUAAAAUUCCUGGCUUUUUUCCUUCAAGAAGCCACUCUGUACCUAAGCUGGAGUCGUGCCAAGGAGAUCUGGGAAUGUCUUGUCACCAGCCAUGAUGUGUGCGAGCUCGAUCGUGAAAUGUGUUUCGAGUGGUUUACAAAAGGUCAGCAUGACCUGGAGAGCGAUGUGCAACAGCAACUUUUUAAAGAGAAAAUUCUGAAGCUGGAAUCGCAUGAGAUUACAAUGAAUGGUUUUAUUCUGUUUAAGACCUUUUUCGAAAACGUAAAUCUCUGUGAUCAUCGAUUAAAGCGGCAAGGCACGCAGCUACAUGUGGAAAAGAUUGAAUUAAUAGGAAUGGAUUUUAUUUGGAAACUUGCUGUAGAAUCUCCCGAUGAAGAAAUUGCCAAUGAAGCAAUUCAACUUAUAAUAAAUUACAGCUACAUCAAUCUGAAUCCACGGCUGAAGAAAGACUCUGUGUCUCUGCACAAGAAGUUCAUUGCUGACUGUUACACAAGAUUGGAGGCAGCUAGCUCAGCUCUUGGAGGUCCAACUUUGACGCAUGCAGUCACCAGAGCUACGAAAAUGCUCACCGCUACCGCAAUGCCUUCGGUAGCAACCUCGGUACAGUCACCAUACAGGUCUACUAAACUAGUCAUAAUUGAACGACUUUUAUUGCUUGCAGAGCGAUAUGUGAUCACUAUAGAGGAUCUUUACUCAGUCCCCAGAACUAUUCUACCUCACGGUGCCUCGUUUCAUGGUCAUCUAUUAACCCUUAAUCUUACGUAUGAUUCUACCAAAGAAACAUUUACCAUCGAGGCACAUAGCAAUGAAACAGUAGGGAGUAUUCGCUGGAAGAUUGCAAAACAUCUGAAUUGUCCGGUGGAAAAUAUGCAAAUAUUUGCAAAUGAAAGUUUGUUGACAGUAAAUAAAGAUCAAAAGUUGCUCCAUCAACUGGGUUUUUCCGAUGAGCAAUCACUGACCGUGAAGACUUUGGGAAGUGGAACUCCCUCUGGAAGCUCUUCAGAGGUCUCUUCCAGUGCUAGCGGUGGUGUUUUCAGUUCUUCAUAUGCCAUGGAACAGGAGAAGUCGCUUCCUGGAGUGGUGAUGGCCCUUGUAUGUAAUGUCUUUGAUAUGCUUUACCAACUUGCCAACCUGGAAGAGCCAAGGAUAACUGUGCGAGUCCGGAAGCUUUUAGUAUUGAUACCAACAGACCCUGCUGUUCAGGAGGCGCUUGACCAGCUGGAUUCACUGGGAAGAAAGAAGACGCUACUGUCAGAAUCACAAACAUCUCAGUCUUCAAAAUCGCCAUCUUUAUCCUCUAAACAACAACACAACCAGCCAAGUGCCUCAUCUAUCCUGGAGAGCUUGUUCAGAUCAUCGGCCCCUGGCAUGUCCACCUUCAGAGUGCUCUACAACUUAGAGGUUUUGAGCUCCAAACUUAUGCCGACCGCUGAUGAUGAAAUGGCAAGAAACUGUGCCAAGUCGUUUUGUGAAAACUUUCUUAAAGCUGGAGGGUUAAGUCUGGUGGUUAAUGUUAUGCAGAGGGAUUCUAUUCCAUCUGAAGUGGAUUAUGAAACUAGACAAGGUGUCUACUCAAUCUGCCUACAACUUGCAAGGUUCUUGUUGGUUGGGCAGACAAUGCCAACAUCAUUUGAUGAGGAUAUGAUGAAAGAUGGAAUUGAAGGAUUAUCUUCCAGACCCUUCCGAAAUGCAGGCCGCCAGUCAAGUCGCCAGAUGUCCCUUUGUGGCACCCCAGAAAAGUCAUCUCACAGGCAGUUAUCUGUUUCUGACCGUUCAUCCAUCAGAGUAGAGGAAAUCAUCCCUGCUGCCCGUGUCGCAAUUCAGACAAUGGAAGUAAAAGAUUUCACCAGCACUGUGGCUUGCUUCAUGAGGCUCUCUUGGGCAGCUGCUGCCGGUAGACUAGAUCUUGUUGGCAGUACUCAACCAAUAAAAGAAAUAAAUAAUGCAUUGUUUCCGUCUGGGAUUCGAGGACGACUGAGUAGCUCAGGAAGCAAUUGUAGUUCUGGAAGUGAAGGAGAACCCACAUCAUUGCAUGCAUGGAUCUGUGUAAGGCAGCAGUCUGUAUCGACCAAAGAUGCUCUGAUUGCAGGAGAGGCUCUGUCUCUGCUGGUUACGUGCCUACAACUUCGCAGCCAGCAGCUGGGGUCUUUUUAUAACUUGCCCUCUGUUGCUGAUUUUAUUAUUGAUAUUCUUCUCGGAUCUCCAAGUGCCGAAAUUCGUCGUGUUGCCUGUGACCAGCUGUAUACGCUCAGUCAAACGGAUACGUCCACUUACCCUGAUGUACAGAAGCCGAACCUUUUCAUACUUAGAGUUAUUCUGUCUGCUCAGCUUCCCCUCUGGUCUCCAACAAGUAUCAUGCGAGGCAUUAACCAGAGGUUGCUAGCCCAGUGUACAGAGUACUUUGAUUUGAGGUGUCAGCUACUGGACGACUUGACAUCAGCAGAGAUGGACCAUCUAAGUAUCAGUCCAGCAACCAUGCUAGAGGAUGAAAUCACAUGGCUGGAUAAUUUUGAACCUAAUCGUACAGUUGAUUGUGAAACAAGUGAAGCUGACAACGUUUGGUUAGCCGGGCACCUGCGGCUCAUAAAGACUCUGCUCUCACUGUGCGGCAAUGAGAAGGAAAUGCUUGGUCCCUCUCUGAUAAAACAGCUUCUGGAUGAUUUCCUAUUUCGAGCUUCAAGAAUAAUAUUAAAUAGUCACUUACCGCCUGGCAGUGCUGCAAUAAGUCAACAAGACUUCCAUCCAAAAUGCAGCACUGUGAAUAGUCGGCUUGCAGCUUAUGAGGUCCUGGUUAUGCUGGCUGAGAGCUCCCCUGCUAAUUUACAGCUAAUAGCAAAAGAGCUAUUGUCCAUGCACCAUCAGCCUGACCCUGCAUUAAGCAAGGAGUUUGAUUAUCUUCCACCUGUUGACAGCCGGUCUAAUUCGGGAUUUGUUGGACUUAAAAACGGAGGAGCAACAUGUUAUAUGAAUGCAGUCUUCCAGCAGUUGUAUAUGCAGCCAGGUCUUCCUGAGGUUUUGCUUUCCAUGGAAGAUGAGACCGAGAAUCCAGAUGACAGCGUGUUUUAUCAGGUGCAAUCUCUCUUUGGCCACUUGAUGGAGAGCAAGCUGCAGUACUAUGUGCCAGAAAACUUCUGGAAGAUCUUCAAGAUGUGGAAUAAGGAGCUGUAUGUGCGGGAACAGCAGGACGCCUAUGAAUUCUUCACCAGUCUUAUAGACCAAUUGGAUGAAUAUCUAAAGAAAAUGGGACGUGACCAAAUAUUUAAGAACACUUUUCAAGGCAUCUAUUCUGACCAGAAGAUCUGUAAAGAUUGUCCACACAGAUAUGAGCGCGAGGAGGCUUUCAUGGCGUUGAAUUUAGGUGUCACUUCCUGCCAAAGCCUAGAGAUCUCAUUGGAUCAGUUUGUUAGGGGUGAGGUCCUUGAAGGCAGUAAUGCAUAUUACUGUGAAAAAUGCAAAGAAAAGAGAACCACCGUGAAGAGGACUUGCAUCAAAUCUCUGCCAAGUGUCAUGGUCAUUCACUUAAUGAGGUUUGGAUUUGAUUGGGAAAGUGGUCGUUCCAUUAAAUAUGACGAACAGAUCAAGUUCCCGUGGGUCCUGAACAUGGAACCGUACACUGUGUCUGGGAUGGCUCGUCAAGACUCUUCCUCAGAGGUUGGGGAAAAUGGGAGACAUACUGAUCCAGGAGGUGGAUCUCCUCGGAAAAAAGUGGCUCCAACGGAAAACUAUGAGCUAGUUGGAGUGAUUGUGCACAGCGGCCAGGCACACGCAGGCCACUAUUAUUCCUUCAUUAAAGACAGGAGGGGCUGCGGGAAGUGCAGGUGGUACAAAUUUAAUGACACAGUGGUGGAAGAGUUUGAUCUAAAUGAUGAAACCAUUGAAUAUGAGUGUUUCGGAGGUGAAUACAGACCCAAAGUUUUUGACCAAUCAAACCCGUACCCUGACGUGCGCCGGCGAUACUGGAAUGCCUACAUGCUUUUCUAUCAAAGGGUGUCCGAUCAGAACUCUCCUGUAUUACCAAAGAAAAGCCGGGUCAGUGUAGUUCGACAAGAAGCAGAGGAUCUAUCACUAUCUGCUCCUUCAUCGCCAGAUGUUUCCCCACAGUCAUCUCCUCGACCGCACAGGCAAAAUGAUCGUCUUUCCAUACUGACCAAAUUGGUGAGAAAAGGGGAGAAAAAGGGCCUAUUUGUUGAGAAAAUGCCACUCAGGAUAUACCAGAUGGUGAGAGAUGAAAACUUGAAGUUUAUGAGAAACAGAGACGUCUACAACAGCGACUAUUUCAACUUUGUGCUGUCUCUAGCAUCUGUAAAUGCAACAAAACUAAAGCAUCAGUUAUACUCAUCAAUGGCAAAAGUGAGCUUACAGCUGGCCAUACAGUUCGUCUUUCACACAUAUCUUCGAACAAAGAAAAAACUUAGGGUUGACACAGAAGAGUGGAUAGCUACUAUUGAAGCUUUGGUCUCUAAAAGCUAUGAAGCUUGCCAGUGGCUUGUAGAAUACUUUGUUGGGCCUGAAGGAAGGGAACUUGUUAGAGUUUUCUUGUUGGAGUGCUGUGUACGAGAGGUCAGAUCUACAGUUGCUACUGUUCUUGAGAAGACAUUAGAUGGUGUCUUAUUUCAUAAAGAUAAGGUAAAAGGUGUUCAGCCAUUGGUGGAGAUGCUGCUCAGUCUUCUGGAUAAAGAUGUCCCAGAAAACUGUAAAAAUUGUGCUCAAUACUUUUUUCUUUUUAAUAACUUUGUUCAAAAGCAAGGGGCUCGUGCAGUUGAGCUUCUUCUCAGGUAUUCUGCUCUGAGGCAUUUCAUCAACUUCUUACUAGGUCCCAAUCGUCAAAAUAACCAGAAUCGCAGGUGGAGCGCUGCACAAGCUCGGGAAUUUGGAUACUUGCACAAUACUGUCGCGUUGCUUGUUUUGUACUCCGAUGUUUCCUCCCACAGAACAGUUGCUCCCGGCGUGUUCAAGUCUCAGCCUCCUGUGAACAGACCCUCUCCUCCUCUGGCUCUUUGCGAGGAAGUAGAGGCCUUGAUGUUUACGCCAGAGGGAAAGCCUUACUUGUUAGAGGUCAUGUUUGCCAUGCGGGAGCUUCCCGGAUCCCUCUCGGUCAUCAUUGAGAUGGUUGUGUACUGCUGUUUUUGCAACGAGCGGUUCUCGCUCACUGCGCUUCACUUCAUUAAGAAUCAGUUAGAGACUGCUCCUCCUCAUGAACUGAAGAACACAUUUACCUUAUUGCACGAAAUUUUGGUUAUUGAAGAUCCCUUACAGUUACACCGGCUAAAAUUUGCAUUUGAGACAGAUGGGUUAUUAGCUCUGAUGCAUCACAGUAACCACGUGGACAGUAGUCGCUGCUAUCAGUGUGUGAAGUUCCUUGUUACGCUUGCCCAAAAGUGUCCUGCUGCUAAAGAAUACUUUAAGGAAAAUUCUCACCAUUGGAGCUGGGCGGUUCAGUGGUUACAGAAGAAGAUGUCCGAGCACUGUUGGGCACCACAGAGUAAUGUGUCCAAUGAAACAUCAACAGCUAAAACCUUCCAACGCACAAUUUCUGCACAGGAUACCUUGGCUUAUGCCACUGCCUUGUUAAAUGAGAAGGAUCAGUCUGGGAGCAGUAAUGGAUCUGAGAGCAGUCCAGCUAAUGAAAAUGGCGAUAGAAGUAUGCAACAGGGUCCCGACUCUCCCAUGAUAAUUGGAGAAAGUAAAAGUGACUUAGAUGAUGUUGAUCCUUAAAUGUACAGAAAACAGAACCUGUCUUUGUGCUGUGAUAUAAACGCACUUUCAGAACCACAAAUCGUUUCCCUUUUACAUUUUCAUUAAAAGUCACAGACAAAAGGAAUUCACAGGACAACAAAAAACAUGUACAGAUCCAACACUCAAUCUACAGCCAAGGUCAUUUUAAAACUGUCUCAAAAAGAACUUUUUUUCAUUUACAACAGUUUGGCAAUCCGAUCAUGAAUACCAAGUAUUUUGGUCAAUAUUUUAUUGAAGAAAAAAACAGUUCGGCGAUACCAUUUCUAUAAAUUUCAUUGCAAAUCCACCACGUGGAUUGAGAAGUACAGCUCAUUGGAUAUGAAGAUAAUUGUAAAAUGAGUAGGAAAAUGAUUAAAAAAUGUUUCUUAAAUUGAUAUAAAACCCUAUUGUUUUUCUUUGAUUCAUAUAGAGCAUGCAAUUCCAAUGGACCUCCUAUAAUCGCAUUUACUUUUGUUUUCUUGUUAUCCUUUGUUGAAGAGCAUAUCUAGGUAGGAUCAGGUGCAUACAUGUGCCUGGAGAACUAUAUGGCAGUGCUGUAGUGUUCAAAAGUGUAUAAGCUUGUUAAUAGCAUCAUUGAUGGUCUUCAACAAAGAAUAAAGUACAUUUUUCUUUCUUUCAUAAGGUGGUGAGAGUCCACAAGCCAUUACUCAUGUGAAUUAAUUUCCUGGCUGCAAGGAGGAGGCAAAGAUACCCAACAUUCCACAAGCUUUUAAUCUCUCACUCCUUUGAUAUCCCAGUCUUUUCUUUGCCUCACAGGAGUAGGUAAACAAUUGAGGUUUUCCAGUUUCUUUGUGAGAAGGGUUCCCUGAAAAGCUCAGACCCAUUACUUCCCUCAUACAGCUAUUAUUAGAGAGGGGUGUAGGAGAUUACUAAGGCUGUAUAAAGUAAUUCUCCUGUGGGAGUUUUAGUCCCUCAUCUGCCACCGCUGUUGCAGGGACUGGUACUUUGCCUCCUGCUUGGCCUCGUUGUCCUCAUAUGGAAAUCCUCUGCUGUUUUAUACAGUCCUGGAUGGGCUCUCUAUUAACUGCAAUAACUGCAGCUGGGUAAGCACAGUAAGGUGGGUUUCUGUCAGGUAAGUAUAUUCACUCACAUAGCCCACAGGCUAUUUGUAGGUACAUUUUAACAUGUAUAUCAUUUCCAGAGGACAUUUAUUAGGCAAGUACAGACAGUGUCAUGGCAGGAGCUGGUUGCCUGUAACAUGUAUUUGCUUAUAUCACUUUAAGAGAAGUCAAAGGAAGGGACAAGUUAAGUUUUAUUGUUUAUGGACCAACUGAUGGCGCUGUAUUGCUUUUGUUUUAGGGACUUAAUUGCAAUUCUAUAUUUAAGCAGUAGUUUACUGUUAUUUUUACAGGCUUAGUAGGAGAAUAGUUGUUUCAGAAAGUUCAAUCCUCUCAAAUGUACGUUUAAUUUUUAAAAGUCUUUAUAGACGGGGGCGGAGCAAGCCUUACAUCUGAGCGGUCGCAUAACACUUCAGCUCCGGACUGGUUCUGAUUAUUUACCUAAUUUUGACCGCUCAGUGUUAUAUAAUAUGCUUCCAAAACAUAGACUAAGCUUUAGGGAGACUUUACAGGCAUCCCCAGUAUUGGGAACGGACCAGCAGAUCGAGGCCCCAAUCAUUUAUUAUAGUGGUGAAGAUCACAGCAGCCUCUGGUAAGCGGCCAUCUUAGCUCCCACGAGUUGGCUUAGAGACGCUGCGAGGCCUUCUUUCUUUGUCUAAUGGGCUUUGACACCUAAAUAUCCCUGAUAGCUGCUUCCUCACAUGCCGAGUUAAACAGGGACUCCACACCAUAAAAGCUUCCCCGACCUUCUCCUGGGCUGGAUAACCCUCGAUCUACCUACUUCACGCACGGUUAUCUACUAACAUGGAGGAAUUCCCUGGCACCCUUCUGACCCUCUUAGAAGACCUGGCAUUUCAGAUGGAUAACAGGUUUACUGACCUGAUUAUGAUCUGCCGCAGCACGUUUAACCAGCAAGCGCAGCACCCCGAAGAAGCGGAGACUGCCGUUACUGGAGACAUUGCACAGGAUCUGCUUGGUCAGCACGGAUUACGCUCGCCAGCGCUACAAGAAGAGACCUUCUGUGCUCUGCAACAACACCCUAAAGAUCACACUGUGGAACUGAUCGAGAGUGCCAAUUAUACUCAUGGAGAGUCACAACUGCAGUCAGCUUACCAAGAUGGGGAAGUUCGUAGAAUGGUAGAGGCAAAACGAAUUAGACGAAUCUACCAGAAUAAAGGGAAACUGAGACACACUGAACCUAACAUGCUUCAAAUGGAUGUCUCAACUACUCCCCUAGUCAGUGUGAUCUCGGAAGGAGCUGCAGCGCAAACAGCCGCUCACCACCCCAAGAGCUGGCGCGACACGCACAGCAAGCUGUUCAAAGCUUUCACUCAGAGUAUGAGGCUCCAUCGGAUACACAAUCAGCAUCUCCACAUCUCGCCUCCACAAUUGUUCACAAAGGUUGCUGAGUGGAUCUACUCUUGCCCGCAUGUUUUGGGGAGGUUGACAUGGGAUCCAGGUAGAUUUCCCUACUACUGCUUCUGACCCUACAACUUUGGAACAGAGUUUUAAAGCCGAGAGCUAUUGAUCUUCUUCCUUGCAUCAGGCAUACAACCUACCCCAUGUUCACAAUUUUUGUCUUAUCCUCAGAAGUUUUAUUAAUGAAAGGGGACCUUGACUCAUUAUUCCUGGCCUGCGGUAUGGAGUAGCAGAGUCUAGAGACACUAAUCCAUAGCCAUAUGGCUCCGGACUACAGAUUGUGAACACAUUUUGUUUAAGAGUUUAAUCCCCUUUGUAGCCCUAUUAACCCAACUCUGCUGUUCUGCUCACACUAUAUGCAAAACUGAUCACCCUCCAAAAACCCUUCAUCCCAUCUUCUCUGUUUAAUAAUGUUUAAUGAUGUUCUUUGCCAAGGUUCUAAUAUUUAUAGAUGUUAAUACAAAUGAUUAGAGUGAGGUGGGUGUAUAAAUCAUCUCAUGCUUCUUAAAUACAUGUUCUACAAUAUUUUAAGCUCUUUUGACUUCCACAUAUAGCCUAUUAGCAAGUUAUUUCUAUAUCUGCUGAUAUUAUGUUUUGUUUCCAAAUGGGCAUUUAUAUUUACUUAUAUACCCUUUGUUGAUCUCUCCACUAUGUCUAGCUAUAGGAGCUAACUGUGACUCAUAUGUUCCAUAAUCUGCCUGUCCCUGUUUAGAGUAAAUAUCCAUUAAUAUUGAGUUAUUAAACCACUAACAGAAAGUUAUCCCUGGUGGCAGAAUUUUAAGUUCAGAUCUUAUAUAUUUUAGAAUGAGGUUGUGAUUCCCUAAACUUUCUCUAUACAGCUGGAACUCACACUAUGAAGCCACUCAUGUUUGUAUUGUAUCUAAAAGUUUAUUUAUGUCAACUUUAGUUGAUCUAGCCACUUCCCCUAUACAACUAAGUAUGUGUAUCCCUCUGUGAUCAAUGCUCCCUGAGUGAGAUUGGAUAAGACUCACAAACAUAAAUCUUGUGAGUGCAGAUAGCCUCCCCUCUCUCUGUUGCUUGGUCCAGUUGUAAUUAACUCAAACACAAGCAUUUGCAUAGGGUUAACUUGUCCUCUUUGCACUUAUAUAUUCUGGGGAGGCCAUCAUAAGACCCUGGGAGAUUCUCUCACCUAACCCUAAGUUUCUGUAACAGAUUGCUCCCUGCUGACAGAACCCAAUAUGCUAUUAACUCUGAGAUGGUACUUUUGAUCCCAAGAAUUUGAAUUUGAUAUUAGUGACAAGUAUAAGGAACUUAUCUAUAUUUAUAAGAUACUGAGUAUUGCAAAGAUGUUACAACCUUCAGGGAAUUUUCAUUGUUAGGUUUUAUGUUUCUCCAUUCUUACAGGAGAUGUACUGCCUAGUGUUAUAUUAAUGUUAGUAUAUAGCUGCAUUAAUCUCCUCCAUCACACACAAAGCCUAUAAUGUCAUUUUACCCCUAUGACUAGGAAGCAUAUUUCUUUCUCAAGUUAACACAUUCUCCAUUGAAUUGUCUGUUUUAUUUAUGUUCUUAAGUAUGAGGAUUUGUUAAAUGGAGGACAACUCUAAUAGUUGUAUACUCUUAAGUCCAGAGGCCCAUCUGUUUAUACUAAAUUAUUUUACUAACUGACUCCGCCCCCACCUCCCCCCCCCCCCCCCCCCUACUCUUUUUUUGAGCGGCUCUCGCCCGCUGCAUUCCCUCUUCCCCAUAAAACCAUACAGCUAACUCACCCUGGCCCUAAAAUUAUCUGAAUUGCUAUCCUAAUUUACUUAUUUUUUAUUCGGCACAGGGAGGACCAUUUUUGUCUAUGUUAUUCUUAUGAUAUCAUAUUAUAAAACUGAAGUUCCUAUACUGAUGGCCCAAAUCUUAUAACAACGUUGGAGAUCUCUGGAUAUAUAAUGUCUUUUUUUUUGUAUACUUUUAUAUGUAAAUGUUUCAGGGCCUACCCUUUAUGUUGUAUCUAUUCAUGACUUCAAUAAAAAUUGAUUUAAAAAAAAAAAAAAAAAGUCUUUAUAGACUGUACAGAUCCUAUUCAGACAGCUUGUUCUUUCUUCCAUUAUUUGUUCUAUAUAUGGAAGUUUUGAGUGAAUUCUUUAACCAUCGGAUGUCCCUUUAUAAAUGCAUUAUCAGCUUUAUCAAUUUGUCUUGCUAUUUUGUUGGUUCAGGGUCACAAUCUGUUUUCUUAGUAAUCCUUUUGGACUCCUCUGUAAAACAAUCUUUGUUCUAGUGCUUUAUUCUCCACUCCAGUUUUCAGGAGGCAUUUAUUUAUUUGUUUGUUUUUGUGGGGGGGUCGCUUUUUUGACUAUUUCCUACUGACACUAUCUCUUGAGUUGGGGUGCAGUCUGGGAUUGAGUAGAGUACAAGGGGUUGGUUUCCUCAGGAGGCAACAUUAUUAUUUAAUAUCUUUAUCGUCUUCUCAGAAUCAAAUAAGAUACUUGUCUAGUUUUUUUUUAAUCAGCCUAGGUCUUUGCUGUGUCAGAGGUGAUCCUAUAGUUUCCUUAUAAUUAAUGGAAGUCCGUUGAAUUUGGCUUGAACAGAGUUCUGUACUCUUCUGAAUUUCACAUCCUAGGAACUAAUUUUGAGAGGCAGAUUGCUUCAUUUUUCUAUUUCUUCUUCAGGGAGAAGGGUUUCUCCUUCAGAGGGUUCUAUAUCAGUUUGUGUAUCCAUGACUCAGUUUCUCUUUUAGACCUUUAUGGUCUCUCAGAUGUUUUGCCAGACGCAAGAAUAUUUAAUCUUGGUUUCUGAAGGUUUCUACAGCUAUUUGGUAUUUCAUCUAGCUUUCCUUUUUCUUUUUUAUUUAUUAGUCUGUUGUGCCACUCAGGGGCAUAGUUAUCAUCUAGCACUUUUGCUAAUCAGUAAUUCCGAUUGCUUCAGAUUGACCAUGCAGACCUGGUUAUGCAAUACUAAACGGAAUGUUCAGUUUUUCCUCCUUUUAAUAUGGUUUUACAAGCAUUUCUUAGAAUUUUUGAAUUUUACAAAAAAUAAUCUGUAAGUUUCUUAUAAGGUCUCCGACAUUUUAGAUCUCUGUUCUAGAUCUAGUCAAAAUAAGUCUAAUAGGUCAGAAAUGUUCUCUUCCGGAGAAACUGAUUGGUUUUAAGAGUUUUUCAAACUUCUCUUUUUGACCUAUGAAUGGUUUAUAUUCUGCUUAUUUUGAAAGUAAUUGUUUCUUUUACCAUAUUUAUUCCAGCACAAUAUCUCGUUUAUUUUCUUGUGAGAUUCCUUCUCUUAUUUUCUAUUAUAAGGUAUUUUCUCUGUAUUUUUUCAGUCAUGACAUUGUAGUUCACUUUCUUUGUCUAAUUUCAAUUUUUAAAGAGAAUUUAAUUUUUUCUCAUCCUACACAAUAUUUAAAACUAAACACAUUCGUCCACAUAUGAGUCAGAUGACUAGUUCCUGGUUAAAGUUCUCAUUAAGAAAAGAUUUAUUAUGGGAGCAGGAUAUUUUCUUCCUGAAAUGUUAGGGGGGUUUCUACUCUAUUAGUUCCACUUUGAGGGUCUUUUUUUAUAUAUAUAUAUAUAUAUAUAUAUAUAUAUAUAUAUAUAUAUAUAUAUAUAUAUAUAUACACAAGGCUUCUGUUAUGUAGGUUGCACAGCAGCAACUUCUUCACUCACUUUUCUUUAGUGAUAGUUGUUCUCAUGAAACUCAUAUAGUCUUAAGGCAGGCACCUUUUUACCAGCCACUAAUUUGUCCCACCCAUUUUCUCGUGGACUCCACAGCUUGGGUAUAAGAUCCCAGAAGCAAUGGCUUGUGGACUCUCACCAACUUAUGAAAGAAAACAAAAUGUAUUCUUACCUGAUGAAUUAAUUUCUUUAAUGGUGGUGACAGUCCACAAGAGCUGCCCUUAUAUUUCCAAUUGGUGGCAGUUUAGUAUGUGUCUCAUUUACAGUGCUUUAUUCUUUUCUCGGCUAUACGUUAACACUGGGAUAUCAGAGAGGUCAAAAAGCUUGUGGAAUGUUGGUGGUCUUUACCUCCUCUCACCACCAUGAAAGAAAUUCAUUUAUCGGGUAAGCAUUAAUUUUGGAUUUUUAUUGUAUGCUCUAUCUGAAUGUUAUAGUGCUUCAGGUUUAUUUUAAGUUUGCCAAGCCCUAGGCACAUUCACAGAAAAAGUGCCUUUUAUCUUUAUCCUACCACAGUUUUACAUAUAGCAAAUUAUUUUAAUUUUUAAGUUAAAAACUGAAGUGCUUUAAGGGAGACUCUCAAAGCCAUGUUACUAGAAGAUUUCAUUAAGAACUUGAAAAAAUAAUAACCAAAUAUUUCUAAAAUUGGGGGGGGUAGUGACUUUUUCAUGUAGUUUUGGGUACUCUCGUACAUUACUGAUCUAUAUAAGUAAAAUUAUGUGUUUGCUUCCUAGAUACAUAAUUAAGGUUGGCUUUGCAUUUCACUAUCAUUUAGAAUAAAUGCAUAUUUCAUGUGCACAUGGAUGCAGGAAUUUAUGCACAAUACCGAUCUCUAGUGUUAGGCAUUCUCUGCAUUACGGAAGCUCAAAAGUUACUGUGAUUUAGUUAUAGUUUGUGUGUUCUGAAUCACCUUUUUCUAAUCCAGUUUCUAGUGGCCAACAGUUUCCAAAAAUAAAUACAGUUUGGUUAGAAUACUACUCUUUCAUGCAGAAUUAAGGAAUGAUUAUAAACUUGUUUUGGUGAACUUGUUGCUGUAUUUUUUUAUUUAUUUUUUAUCUGCGCUAACAAAGUCCUGAAGCAAUUUCCCUUGUACUCAUGGUCAACAAAUUACUUGACUCUUCCACUGCUAAUUGCUGGUUAAAGUUAACUGUAUUGGGGGAGACUCUGCAGUUCAUCUCAAUAUCUACAGUCACUUCUGAGCAUCUUUGAUCACUGUUUGGGGUUCUUUAACAAAAUUUCAACGGUAGUCUAAAAUAUUAAACUCAUCUACCUUUUAAGACUGGAUUUUAAUUUAGCCGUUUCACAGCUUAUUUGUGUAUCUAGAGUUCUAUAAAUGGUUUUUAAUUUGUAUUUAUUUUGCAUAUUAAUUUUUUUCCCCAAAAGGUAUAAUACGACUAUUUUUUCCUUUUUAAACGUAAUGACAAUAUAAAAAGGAGAGACUAGUUGCACAGGAGAGACAGUGUUGCACAGGACACACUGUUGUAAUAUUUAUGUGCAUUUCUCAAUUUAAACAGGGAUUAUUAGAUGCGGUAACAAACAUUACAAUAUGUUUUGCUGGAAGAACUGAAAUGCUGCUGGAGAAUUUAGAUUCUAUUUGCCAACGAGGGAAAACAAGUUGCUUUGAAAUCUAAAAUGUAAUUAUUUUGCUGUUAAAUGCAGAUCGUCUCUAAUAAAGAGAAAUGUUCCUUGUGUUAAAAAAUAAAGGGCUAAUUUAAAUGAUGCUGUAUCACAAAUUUGGCGUUUGCCCCACCCAGUUCAUUUUUUGCCGUGUUGUAACAAACAAAACCAGUGCAUUUUCAUUUGCUUCCUAAACUUUUUUUUAAUCAUUCUCCUCCCUUUAUUCUUGUACUGUAAGAUUUUGGAAAGCAUGUAAAACAUUUGUAUGAAGGUUUCUUAUUUGAUAAAUAAAGAUGAUUUAAAGAAAAA